UGAUGGUUGUGUGGGUAUGACAUAAGUCUACAUAAGUCUAGAGGCAGUGCAGUCAGCUGCUCUACAAGCUGGGAAACACAGCUGAAGAGCUUAAAUGACUCCUUGCUAAUCAAACCUAGAUUGUUUACGCUAAUCAAUCAUUUUAAGUAAUAAGUUUAUGAAAAAUGAUCUGAUUAUUGUUCACAGUGGUGAUGGAUUGCCUUACUUUUCUUCUGCUGAGCCUGGCUAUAACCCCUGCGUCAUUAAUGCCUCCACUCACAGUAGUAGAUGUUGAUGGUGACAGGAAGGACAUCUCCAAAAUAAACAUAGGUUUAAACCUUUGGGAAGGAGACGUCAAGCAGCAUUCUGGACUUCAAAGGAGUGCGAUUCUGGGGGACCAGUACCGGUGGGACAGAUACAUCCCUUACGUGCUGAACAAAAGCCUGAGCCUGAACGACAAAGGAGUCAUUUUAAGAGCCUUCGAGCAGCUGAGACUGAUAGCGUGUAUUGACUUUAAACCCCGGACAACAGAGAAAGACUACAUCUCUGUGGAAUCGCUAACCGGGUGUUGGUCCUAUAUUGGGAAGAUCGGUGGGCGGCAGCAGCUCUCUAUUGGAAAUGGGUGUGGAUACAUCGGCAUUGUGAAGCACGAGUUUCUUCACGCUCUGGGCUUCUAUCACGAACAGAGCCGAUAUGAUCGGGACAACUACGUAACCAUCAUUUAUGAAAACAUCAUUGCAGGAAUGGAGAAUAACUUCAAAAAGGCAUCUGAUCUGAUAAGCACCACACAGGAAACUCCAUACGAUUACACGUCUGUGAUGCACUACGGACAAGAUGCUUUCACCAAUGGGAGUGGACACACCAUCCUCACCAAAGACCCUCGGUUUCAAGAUGUGAUUGGUCAGCGCUAUGACUUGAGCCCUACAGAUGCAUUUGAGCUCAACAAGCUCUAUAAAUGCAGUUCGUCCAUCUCCUUUCUGGAUCGCUGUAGCUUUAAUAACAGCACGUGUCAGAUGGCGACCUGUUCUUCCACUGCUAAUGGAUGGAAGAUGGUGAGCAAUGUAUCUGGAGGACCACUUAGUGACCAUUCCAACCUAGGUGUUCCUGCCCUGUCUUUGAACACCAGUUCAUCAGGGCCGUCUUUCUUCAUGCACUUCAGCACGGAGGCUGGAAAGAAAGGAGACUCAGGCCGACUGGUGAGUAAGGAGAUGACACCCCGCAGAGACUGCCACGUCCAGUGCCUGCAGUUUUUCUACUAUCACAGUGGGAAUGAGACUGACCAGCUUAACAUCUGGAUCAGAGAGUACCAGAAUGAAACUGAUACCAUAGGAACCCUCAGACUCAUGGACCAGAUCACAGGACCUCCCACUGAUCACUGGCAGCUCCGCUAUGUUCCGCUGAAUGCGGAGAAGCCAUUCCUAGUGGAAUUUGAAGCACGGAAAGGAGCCGGAUAUUCCAGUGGAGGCCUCUCAGUGGACGAUAUCAACCUGUCAGAAUCAGAGUGUCCUCAUAAUGUAUGGCAGAUCAGGAACUUCAUGGAGCUUUGGAACAAAUCUGCACCUGGCACUUACAUAUUCAGCCCAGCCUACUACUCACCUGACGGCUAUCGCUACCAGGUAAUUCUGAUCCUGAAUCAGGACUUCCUGUCCAUCUACGUGCGACUGGUAUCUGGUGUCUAUGAUGACCAGCUACAGUGGCCCUGCCCAUGGAGACAAGUCACUUUCUUGCUGCUGGACCAGAACCCCGACAUCCAACAGCGCAUGUCGAAUCAAGCAAGCCUCACAACUGACCCAACUAUGAUAUACGGAGGAAAGUACGUGUGGGGCAAGCCUAGUGAUGUGGGAACUCCAACAGUCAUCAAUGUUAACGAGAAAGUAAAUGUGACUGUUGGAUGGGGUUAUAGCACGUUUUUGGAAAAAGGCCAACUCGAUGACAGGGAGUUUGUCAAAGGCGGUGAUCUCAUCCUUCUCGUCAGUGUGCAAGAUGUCUCAGCGCUGAAGGAGAGAAACACUUUGCCCUGCCCCAGAGUAGCAGUGAAGGACUUCAAUACCUCUCCUUACUUGGGUGCUCAAAAAGGAUCCUGCACAGCACGUUUCAGCAAGUGUUGUUCCAGCGCUAACAUCAUGCAUCCUUCCGUCGCCCUACUGCUGACUUUGGUCCUCCUGGUAAUAAAUUAGCAGCUAAAUCAGCACAGCGCCAUGAUGUGCCUAAUCUUCAAUUUUAUAUGAUUUAUGUUUUUAAUCUAUUAGUAAUACAAUGACUUCAAGAUAAUUCUGUCUACUUUCUUGUAUAUUUUUGAGUAAGACUUCAAAUCAGGAUCGAAAGAAUUUAAGUUACUUGCACAAAAACAGGGCCACUUUAGCAUA